AUGGAUCUCUUUCGGAGACACGAGGGGCACCACGAGGUGGACUCCAAGUCGUACUGGGCCUUUGGAUACUCAUUCGAGCCUCUGAACAACGAGCAAACGCAUCAACGCCGCGAGAAUCUGGACUACUAUGGCUUCGCAGCGCAAUGGUCGGUGUUGGUUAUCUUUGCCUUAUUCCAGAUGUCGUUUGGCAUCAGGUGGAUUGUUACCAAGGGCAUGCGCUAUGAGCAGCCAAAAUCUCCUUCGUUUAACAAAGGCCGUGAGAACACCCUGGGCUGGCUGAAGAGUCUACACAGUCGCUAUGCAAGGAUUAUGUGGUGGAUGCAGAAGGAUGUAAUCCAAAGAUGGAAUUGGGGGACACGAGGAGAGUGGAUUGGCGGAACACUCUGGACUGCAUGGCUACUCUAUCUGUGUUUCGUGAAUACUUCACCUGGUAAGACUGCCUCGAACUUAUCGGUAACCCUCAACAUGCUGAUCACCACAGACUAUCUUCACCUCACGAAGCGGUUUGGACAGAUCGGAGCCUCACAACUGCCUCUGCACUACCUUCUGGCUAUGCGAGCACCAUACUCACCAGUUCAAUGGAUAACACGCCUCUCACACGAGCAACUGAAAGCUGCGCAUCAGAUCCUCGGCCGCAUCGUCUACUUGCUCUUCAUCCUUCACGCUGUCUUCUAUUUUGUCUUCUUCGCCAUGUCCGGCUUCCUCGCCAAACGCAUCAAGGACUGGGAUGUCAUAUUCGGAAUCAUCACCCUCACCCUCUUCGCUGCCAUCAGCACGACAGCUCUAGGAUUCGUCCGCCGCCGAAACUACCGCGUCUUCUACAUCUCACAUAUCGCCAUCGCCAACUUCAUCAUCGUCCCCAUGUAUCUCCACGUCUCGCACAUCCGGCUGUACGUCUACCAGAUUGUUGUGGUGGAAUGUCUGCAUCUCAUUUUCCGCGCGAUAAGCCUUAAGAUGUAUCAGGGCACCAUCCGACUCCUACCUGGCACCAAUCUCGUACAGAUCCGCAUUCCCCUCCCAGACAGCCACCCUGCCUUGAACUGGCACCCCGGCCAGCACGUCUACCUCACUCGACCCUGGGGCAGCGCGAAAACCCCUUCCUACUACCAGCAAUGGCUGAUGGUAAACAAAUCCAACCCCUUCACUGUGGCGUCCAUCCCCGCCACAGACCGCGAGCUCCUCCUCGUUGCCCGAACACUCAAUGGGAACACCAAGCACCUCGGCGAGCUCGCCCAGAAAUUGUCGCAGGGUGGAAGCGGACUCCCCAUGCUCCCCACUGCAACGGGGGAUAUCCCCAUCCUGCCAUUCGCCCUCGAAGGACCGUACGGUGCAUCGAACCGCCUGCCCGACUUGUCCGACUUCGACAAGGUACUCCUCGUAGCCGGCGGCGUAGGCGCGACAUUCAUCAUGCCCAUCUACCGCGCCAUCGCGGAGUACCACGACACGACGCCGGGAGCGACGCAGGUCCGAUUUGUCUGGGCGGUGCAGAAACUAGCCGACACACAGUGGGCGUUCCCCGAAGCUCUCGCCGAAGGAGACGAUGAACGAGACGUGGAGAGGGAAGAGGCGGUCGGAAACGGACUGCUGAAUAAAGCGAGUACGGUCGAAGUCUAUGUCACCCGCCCGUCAGGCCCCUCUCUGCACAGCACCACAUCUACGUCGCCCAUCUUCGCCGUAGAUGAUGACGACGAUGAAGGAGAGCAGUUUGAAUUGCAGGAGAACGAGCAGUUGUUGAGUAUGGAAGAGCAGAUGGAAAGGCCGCGGAAAGGCAUGACGGUUAUGAGCGGCCGGCCCAAGAUGGAAGAGAUUGUGGAUGAGGUGUUUAGUAGGGGAAUGCGGACUGCGGUGAUUUGCUGCGGGCCGAAGAGGCUGACGGAGGAUUUGAAGAGGAGUGUGGAGGUGUAUGUAAAGAAGGGGCAUGAUGUCUACUGGUACGAUGAGACGUUUGGCUGGUGA